AUGUACAAACUGGUGGUGAUGGGAAGCUGUGGUGUGGGCAAGAGUGUGCUGAGCAUCCAUUUCCUUCAGAACCGCUUUGUGGCUGAGUAUGAGCCCACAGCUAGAGACUUGUACCAUGGUGUGGCAGUGGUGGACAGGGAGCCCUGUGAGCUGGAUAUCCUGGCCAUGGCAGGAGAUGAGAAGUACUUUGAGCAGGGUGAGGACUUGGGAGAAGGCUUCCUCUGCAUCUACACUAUUGACUACAUUAAGACCUUUGUGGAAGUGAAUUUCUUCCAAGACCAGCUACAAAAGGUCAAGGGCACCACCCUGGUGCCCAUGGUGCUGAUGGCCAACAAAAUCAAUGAGGCCCACUGGCUGGUAGACUUGGACAUGGGUUCGGGAAGUGGGCAAAAGCCUCAGGUUGCCCUUUGUGAAAGCCUUGGCCAAGACCUCGGCAUGGAGCACACCUUCAAAGAACUGGUUCGAGAGAUCCUUCAGAUGCACACUGAGGAGAAGCUCAAGGGCCACUAG